AUGUCCGAUUCAGCGGGUGAUUUAAGCUUACUACUAGACAAUUUGUUGACUUUACAACCCAUUGAGGAAAAGGAAUCGAGCCAGAGUAUUUUCAACAAAAUUUUGACACAGUAUGAACUAAACGAGAAGGAAACAGAUGCAACUUUUGCAGAGUAUACACACUUAGAACUGAUUAAAGCCUUUGAAAUAUCAAAUGUGGAUGAUAAUUUCAAACUUGACGAUACAGAGUCGUGGUUGAACUUGUUCACUUUACCGGCUCAGAGCACCGAUAUUUUAAACUACUUAACAAUUGCAUACCAUGUCAUUAUAUCGCUGGCAUCAUUGUCUAUCAUCAAUCGACAAAAACUAGCGAGAAUAAAGGGAUUGAAACACCAUUUGUGCAAAACGUUGUUUGCCGAAUCAGACCAGUCUCCUAACGUUGCAUUGAGUGCAGCGCUGUCGGAACUUUACUCGAUUAUUCUAUCAGUGGACGGUACUCCAAAAGAUAUAUCCGAUAUGUACCGAGAAUUACCAAAUCACAAUGCAUUCCAUAUAGUACAGGAAUUCUUGGGAAUCUUAUCAAACCCAUCGUCUCAAACCCAUUUACAGUUUGAGAAUUAUUAUAGAAUUAUCAACAUACCACAACGUGGCUGUGGAAGGACCCCUCUAACUUUACAGUUUGUUGUUGAAUUUAACAAUGUCACCUCAAAUCGGUUUGCAGUUUUGGGCUUAAACACAUUUUUAGAAAUCAAGGAGUCCAAAUUAUGCGUUUCAAAUGACGAAUUCACUAUCGCACUCUUUGAGUAUAUCACAUUCGAACCCAAUAAAGCGUAUGUGAUUUCUUUGACGAUCAAUAAAAAUGACUGGACAUUGUUUGUUGAUGGAUCAAGCGGACACACAAUUACUUUGUUUGACGGUUUCACUUUGAAUAUUGUCGCUAUUGAGAUUGGUUCCAUGAUAUGCUCGUUUAAACUUUACAAGUUCUUAAUCUGGUCAAAAAUCCUAUCAGAGGAAGCAAUUUCACUUUUCCAUGAAAUUGGGUACGAUUAUCAACCAUCGUAUGAAAGUAACGACUAUUUUUGGGCCUCUAAAGACGUUUUUGGUCCAAACUUUCUUCAGGUCACGUAUUUAUUGCAAAAACAUUUUGACACUCCCUUUAAAGAAUACGUGAAGAAAGUUGCACCUUUAAAGCGGGCCAAUCUUCUUUUAAUGUAUGACAUUGAAGAUGAGAUUUUAAAUUUUAGAACAAAGGAUAGUUUCUUUGUUUUAAACUGGGAUAAGGAAAGCGGGUCGAAAACCGCGCGACUUAUAUUAGGCAAAUGCUAUUAUUUCCAGUCCAAAAACAUCAAAUCGAUUUUAUUAAGCAUUGGCUGUUUCAAUGAGAUUAUGUUCAAAUUACAACACUCAUCCUCGAUCGAGGAAACUUUUGCAUUUAUCAAACACCUGUUUUCCCUUUUACAAUAUCCUACUUUGAAGCUUUGUUUUGAAAGGGAAUUUGGCUAUGAAAACCUAGCAUACAUACUAAAGAAAAACUGCGUUAUGAGAUUUGCGAAGGGUCUGUCUAUUGAAUUCAUGAACUUAUUUUUAGCAUACACUGGCUGGGAUUUUGAAAACAUUGAAAAGUCGUUAAUACGAGAACCUUCCGCCUACCAGUCUCUAAUUUUGGAUUUUGCAUUAUGGCAUAAUCCAACUAUGCCAAAUGGUCAAGAUUCUGGAGAUGAAAGAGAAAUUCUGCAAUUUCUCUCUUUCCAUUCAACUUGUCUACUAACCCACUCCUUAUAUAAGGAGUACAACACACGAGAACUGAAAAAAAGUAAAGCUUUACAAAAAUUUUGCUUUUACUUGCAUCAUUGCUCAUUGGUACAUUGCGAAAGCCGAAAGAAUGACCUAGUUUUUCUUCUCAAUACUUUUCUAGUGGAUAACUAUAAAGAAGAUGAAUGGAAAUGGUUUGUUCAUUCAGGUUUUUUUCUUCUAGCUGAAGGAAACUUUAGAAUUGCAGAAAUCUACAUUAUGACCGUCAAGAAGUCACUUGACGAUGUAAUAAAAAGAGAGAACUGGAAUGAACUUACGUCAAUGCUCAAGUACUUGUCACCCAAAGUAUUAUUGGGAUUUAUGAAUUCUUCGACAGACGAUAAAGUUUGUUUUCUAUUGAACAUAAAACUUCUGCUACAAAUUAUACCAAUAUCACAGGACAUAUACCGUUCAUUCCUUUCCACAGGUGGGAUGAAAGUAAUUUUUGGAUUUCUGACCAAACUUAGAUUUGAGUUUUGCCUGGACGUGCUAGACUUGCUCAUGGACUUUGGAUUUACCGAGUUCUCAAAGAAAAUAAAUAAACACGAUAUGCAUGGGACAAAUUUAUCGAAUGACACUGAACUUUCCAACCAUUUAGCUGAUUUCUUGUACCUGUGCAUUUAUCUGCUGGAAUGGGUGGUUUUGAAUGACAUAGGGAACGUGUUCUCAGAGAGGAUACAAGGUGACCUAACAAAACUUUUAUGUUCCAUAGAGGAUUUGCAUAACCGCUUCUUUAUUCUAGAUCCCAAUUCAACAAAAGUUCUAUCGCUAAUAUCAGAUCUGCUGAUAACCUUAAUGAAUCCUGAGUUAACUAGUCCGUAUGGGCAAGAAUCAACCCUCUACAUGAAACUUAUCUGCGAACAAUUUGAAUGUGGAAUAAGAAAACUAUCACCUGUGACAUUUAAUGCAUACAUUUCAAAGUUUCUUUUCAACGGGAUCAUAGAUGAUUGCAUAUUCAACUAUAAACAGGAUAUUGAAAGCCAACCGUACCUUGAUCUAUUUUUCUUUGGAAGGUUGCUUCCAAAGAUAUUUGGAAACAUCUCCAACGAAGGGACUGGCAUGAAGAACGAUGUUCUUGGUAACAAUAAUGCUAUACCAAAUAUAAUCGUUCUUUUUGAAAGAUUAAAAAGGUAUAUUUGUGCAGUGCAGCCUGACCCAGACUUUACGAGACUGGCCUACAAAAUCCUUUUUGAGUGUGCGGAUCUCUACUCAACUCGUGCAAAAACCACUGACGAACACUUCUCUGCUUUUUCUAGCACUAUUAGUUAUUACUUGCAGUUGAUCACUUAUAACAUGGUUAACAAACAUUUGAAUUGGAACGAGGAUCACUUGAAUGAGUUUUAUUCUGAUGUUCUAUCCCAUCAUUCAAUUUUGUUUGACAGGACGUCCAGGCUAAACACCAAAAAAAUUUCAACGUGUCUAUUGUAUGCGCUUGUCGUCCAACUUUCUAAUAAUGGAUAUAAUGAGGACUUGAUUAUCUGUAUCAAGCAGAUUUUAACCCAUAACCAAGAUAACCUGGAUGACGUAAUUCCCUUUUUGGGAACACAUAAGAAAAGGCAACUUCUGAAUGAGUUCACUCAGCUGACUUCUACCAACACUGAAGAGCAUCAAGAAGCGGUACUGGCUAUUUUGAUCGACCACGUCCUUGAUGAUGGUAAUGCACAAUUGUACAGUCUUCAAAAAGAUGUUCUAAUCAACCCAAGAUACCAUCCCAUAAACAUGGAAACAUUCAAAGCUAAAAUUCUGGAAAGAAAACGAAAGGUCAUACACUACAAUUACUCUGAAGUGAAUGCGCUAGUUUCCUCUUUCAGACGCAACACCGCAGUUAUUUUUGAUAAGGUUAUCCAAGCAAGUUCCAAAAUGUAUAAGAAUAUGGCUAUAGACUUGGAGGAAAACGUCAAAUUCCAGAGUAAUAAGGUUUAUGGACACAAUACUCGUUUCGAGCAUAUAACAAAAGUCCAAUAUAAUGAAACAGACCUCACAGUCUGGAUGCUUGGCUCUGAAGAAAACAGCAAUAGAAUGAAAACGAAACUUCUCCCUUAUUUCAAUCCCAAACAUAUAGCAACCGAUGCUGAUACGAAUAAUAUUGAUGUGGCAGAUAUGGACACAGAAACCGCCAAUAACCAGCAACGUAACCGGACAACUAGCAAUCUCUCAUAUGACUUGCUUUCUGAUGUGGCUUCUGUUUCUCUCGGAGAGAAAAGUAAGAACGAAAAUCGGAAGGUUCUGAAACUGUUGAGCGACGAUGAUACUAUAAAUUCUGUUUGGAAUGCUAGUCUUAUUGUUGGCUUAGAAAUAUUUGAGGGGAUUCUGAUUUUGGGUAAGAAGAAUUUGUAUUAUGUCAGCGAUUACUAUUAUUGCUCUGGUAAUGAGGAAGUUUUGAAUUUGAGAGAUAUCCCUUGGUCCCAAAGAGAUAUGAAUAUUAAUAUCAUUAGUGGUACUCUUAAUGAAUCUCCGAAACCAACAGUGGGUAAUAUCCUGUAUACAUGGAGCUUGGAAAAAUUGGUUUAUUCCACGAAGAAACCUUUCCUCUUUAGAGAUGUUGCAAUUGAACUGCUUUUCGAAAAUAAGAGCAGCGUGUUUAUGAGUUUUCUAAACAAGAAGGUAAGAAAUGAAAUUUAUCUACAGCUGAAGAGUUUCUCCAAACCCGAACUCCUGGAUCCAAUAUCUGUUAGUGUCCUGAAAGAGCUGGACCUACACAGCAACUAUAUUGGUAGUACUAAUGGUAUAACAAAAGCAAACCUUUCAACGCGGGUUGCCAAGGCGCUGGCUAGCGGAUCUUCUUUAUCAAGAGAAUUUGAAGUCACGAAGCUUUGGAAAACAGGACAAAUAUCGAACUUUUAUUAUUUGAUUAUUGUAAAUAUUCUGGCUGGAAGAUCUUUUAACGACAUCACCCAGUAUCCAGUUUUUCCAUGGGUACUAUCAGACUAUACAAGUGAAGAGUUGGAUCUCACUAAACCCGAAACCUAUCGUGAUCUAUCCAAACCAAUGGGUGCCCAGAGCAAAGAUAGGCUCAAUAAAUUUAUUGAGAGAUACGAGGCCUUGGAUUCGCUUAAUGAUCCAGAAGUACCCCCAUUCAAUUACGGAACCCAUUAUUCCUCAGCUAUGAUUGUAUCGUCAUACUUGGUUAGGUUGAAACCGUUUACCGAAUCGUUCCUUAUAUUACAAGACGGACAAUUCGGACACGUAGAUCGUCUUUUCAAUUCCAUUGAAAGAGCAUGGAUUUCUGCCUCUGUUGAAAACACAACCGAUGUUAGAGAACUUAUUCCUGAAUUUUACUUUCUACCGGAGUUUCUGAUCAAUGUCAACAAUAUUGAUUUUGGUAAAGACCAGAAGGGAAAAGCUGUUAACGACGUGAUUCUCCCACCUUGGGCUAAAAAUGAUCCUAAAACUUUCGUGAAAAAGAACAGAGAAGCAUUGGAAAGUCAGUACGUUACUGAACACCUAAAUGAAUGGAUUGAUUUGAUAUUUGGCUACAAACAAAGAGGUGAAGAAGCGGUGAAAUCCACCAAUAUCUUCAACCAUUUGAGUUAUCCUGGUGCUGUAAACUUGGACAAUAUUCAUGAGGAGGUAGAAAGAAGAGCAGUAACAGGCAUUAUACACAAUUUCGGCCAGACACCGCUUCAGAUUUUUGAAGAAAGGCACCCAUCAAGGAAAUUCUCUGGUACCAAUUUGCAUUUAUGUGAAGAUUACACAGUAGAGAGGAUUAACAGUGCAAUAACAUCCAAUUCUGGCAUGGAAUUAUCUAUUGCUAUUCAAACAAAAGACACUGUAUUUUUUGUUAAAGUGGUAGGGCAGAGUUCCCUUACUAUCAAUGAAGCGUACUUUAUUGGAAUACACGAGACAGUUAUAGAUAAUAUCGUGCCCUGGAAAGGACAGAGUUUUAUUACGACCGGGAAUGAAGGACUAAUCAAAGUGUGGUCUUUCAAAAGCUCCUACAAUAGAAUUGAGUUGAGUAUGGUACAUGCCGUACAUGGUGCUCUCUACACGAUAAAGCAAAUAGGGACAUAUGCUGACUGUAAUUUAGUCGUUACUUUGGACGCUUCAGGCGCUGUUUACACCUGGGACAUGUCGUCAUUUCUACCUAUAAGAUGUGUGACGUCGGAUUGUUUACAAUUAACUGUGUCCAACUUGAAUGGCAACAUAUCUGUGAUAUCCAAGCAGAACAAGCUAAUUAUGUUCAAUUUGAACGGUCUCAUUUACACAGAAACUAUUCUAAAACGAAGCUCAAGGGUAACUCAUUUGAAUUCGUUGGAGCUUGAUUUUACGCAUAACAUUCAUGAGUAUGCGAAGGACCUUGAUUGGGUAUCUGUUGCAUUUGCCGAUGGAACUGUGGAAUUGUACAGUCUGAUGUUUGACACGCCAUCCUCCGCUUCGCCAUGGGAGGUGAAACUGAUGGUAUCCCAAGCAGUUCCCAUAAAGCCAGGUGAGUUCAUUACGUCCGUGAAAUUGUUAGUCAUCACAGAGGGGACAUACCCAUCAUCAAGUUGCUCAUCGCAGUUUCGGAUGGUCAAAUGCACGAAUAUGCAGUGCAUACCACCUCAGAGACCGUAUUGCGGUGAUCAUCCUGUCCAGUGUCACUGCCUACGAAUUGAGUAUCACUCUCCACGAACCUUCUCUUACCUACCGUUUUGA